UCUCACUCUCCCCAGUCGUUAAGUCAGAGAGCAGAGGAGGAAGGGAAGGCAGAGAGACCAAGGGAGGUCUGACGACACCAUCCCAGCUUACCCGGCACCGAUUUUAAACGCACAGACUGAUAAAUGCAAGCGCACAGCCUGGUCACAUCUGGCUCUGAUUUACUGGAGGAACAUCAAGAUUUAUAACCAAGCUAUCAUUCUGCAAGAGAUGUGUGCAACCUUUACUGCCAGAACAAAAACUUAAAGGACCUUUGGAAAAACAGAAUGUGUCAGUGUCCAUGGCAAGAGUCUGCAGUAGCUUUCAAUGCUGGAAGUCCAAUGUAAGGAUGGAUGACAUGUUCCACGCUGACGGUGUUCUUCACCGUUUUCUGAUCCAACUUUAAAGGGAACAUCCAGCCAAACAAAGAAGAAGCAGCCAAAGUUACAAGAACUUAAUUCACCUGCAGCCUUUUCCUGAGGGUGAAAUGAUGCUGUGGUACAACUUUGGCCACCACUUGCUCUCACUGGCAGCACUUCUGGUGAUUGUGAACUGCGGAGGAGGGGAGCAGAGGAGAGGGACGGAUAGCAGCACCAGCAGCACAGGUGGCAGCGGCAGCAGCAGUAGCAGCAGCAGUGGUAGUGGAGGAAGCGGCAGCAGUAGUGGUAGUAGUAAUUACAGCAACAGACGUUUUCAUAAGAUCCAGCAUGGCCAGUGCACGUACACAUUCAUCCUACCUGAGGGAGAUGGAGCCGGAGGAGGGUCCUGCAGGGAAGCGAAAGCCGGCAGCCCGCAGUACAACGCCAACUCCCUCCAGAGGGACGCUCCACCACCUGAGCCAGACUUUCCCAGCCAGAAGAUCCAGCAGCUCGAGCACAUCAUGGAGAAUUAUACCCAGUGGCUACAGAAGAUUGAAAACAGCAUUAAAGAGAGCAUGAAGAUGGAGAUGGCUCAAUUGCAGCAGAGUGCUGUCCACAACCACACAGCAGCCAUGUUGGAAAUGGGCACCAACCUCCUCUCUCAGACGGCUGAACAGACACGCAAGCUAACUGACGUUGAGACACAGGUUCUUAAUCAAACAUCGAGGCUCGAGAUCCAGCUGCUGGAAAACUCUCUCUCCACGAACAAGUUGGAGAAACAGUUAAUGGUCCAGACCAAUGAGAUCAGCAAACUGCAUGACAAGAACAGCCUCCUGGAGCAGAAGAUGUCAGAGAUGGAGAUGCGACACCGCGAAGAGCUGGAGACGCUGAAGCAGGAGAAGGGAAGCCUCCAGACCCUGGUGGGGAGGCAGAGUGGGGUUAUCAGGGAGCUAGAAGCCCAGCUGAGCCGAGCCACAGGAAACAGCACAGCCCUGCAGAGACAGCAGCAGGAGAUGAUGGAUACUGUCCACAAUCUGCUCAACCUCUGCUCUAAAGAUGGAGUUGUUCCUAACAGUACAAAAGUUGCUGAUGAAGAGAAGAAAUUCCGUGACUGUGCCGACCUCUACCAGGCUGGCUUCCAUAAGAACGCCAUCUACAACAUCCAGAUCAAUUCCCAGGAGACCAAAAAGGUGUAUUGCAACAUGGAAACAGCAGGUGGUGGAUGGACGGUAAUCCAGCGCAGAGAGGACGGCAGCGUGGACUUCCAGAGGACGUGGAAGGAGUACAAGAUGGGUUUUGGGAGCGUGUCCGCAGAGCACUGGCUGGGGAACGAAUACGUUUACCAGUUGACCAGCCAGAGACAGUACGCUCUCCGUGUGGAGCUGACAGACUGGGACGGACACCAGGCCUUCUCACUGUAUGACCGCUUCCAAAUCGGCAGUGAGAAACAAAACUACAGGCUGUUCCUGAAAAGCCACAGUGGGACUGCAGGCAGGCAGAGCAGUCUAGUAAUCCACGGGGCAGACUUCAGCACCAAGGACAUGGACAAUGACAACUGCCUGUGCAAGUGCGCCCUCAUGCUCACUGGGGGUUGGUGGUUUGAUGCCUGUGGCCCGUCCAACCUUAACGGCAUGUACUUCACCCAAGGACAACACAUAGGGAAGUUGAACGGUAUCAAGUGGCACUACUUCAAGGGCCCGAGCUACUCGCUACAAGCCACGGCCAUGAUGAUCCGCCCACUGGACUUCUCCUAGUCUUUUGAACCCAUGAACUUUUUUUUUUUAACUUCCAAAUGGCUACGUAGCACAUUAGAGGGACGCUUCCUAUUUUAUCCUCUUGUUGUCUCAUCUCAUUUCACUGGCCACGGGAGUCAUCCAGUAGAUCAUUUAUUUCAACCGGGUUCUUCCUCCAGAGCAGCUGACGUUGCUGUGCUACUGUUGCCUCAUAACCCUUCCCCCUCAUUGAACUGAAAAGCAGCAACGCGGGGGGUUCCAAACCAGAUUCACAGACUCAAGAUUUUUUAUGGACAAACAGUGUUUAUAAAGCAUGAUGUCAAACCACAACUCUUCCAUUUUCCAGGGGACCUGUGUUGUAAUAAAAUAGAGGACUUGAACUCUUCUGAAUGUAGAGCAGCUAUCACAGAGUAGCAAUGACUCUCAAACUGCAGGACAGGACAUACCUGAGCGCUUUAAAGAGACAAAUGAGAGAUACAGCUUUUUUAUUAAAAUGUUGCUCACAGAUUACAGCCCAUAAAUACUGUGUUAAAUUUUGUUUUUAGUACUAUUUUUCUUAUUCCAACUGUAUACAAUAUCCAAAAUGACGUAAAUGUGUCUUUUGUACUGUACAGUGUACGUAUACUGAACUUCUGUCUGCAUCAUGUAUAAAACACACGCUCAGUUUUUAUUUGACCUUGAAAUACAAGUGAUGAUGUGCAGUUGGUAAUAGUUAUGAGGGUCACUUGCAGUGUUUGCUGGCAGUUAACACACUUGCUGUCUUGACAGAGCGUGAUUAUUUUUAGAGUUCGAGAUGUGAGGUUAUUAUUGGAUUAGAUGUUGGACUCUGCUCCAUUUGCCUUCGUUAUUGGCUGAGAAACACCUAAUACAUGCCAAGGUUCAGAUUGUGAGUGAUCACUUCUCCUCUGCUGAACAGGAAAAACAAGGACAUUAAUUCAGAUGAAUUUAAUUAGUGGUGUGUAACAGCAGUGUGUGUGUACAGGGGAAGAAAAUGCACAUUUGCAUAUGCAAGUUCACAAAAUACACAGAUAUGCAGUAUAUUCCUGAGUGUAAUGAUGAUGUAUCACAUCGUCAUUCCUCUAUAAUCACAAAGAUGUAAGUGCUUAUAUUAAGCUGGCGUCCCACACACAAAAACUCACAAAGAAUGAGGCUGAAGUUUCUAACUGUAGAGGAUAUUAUAAACUCCCUCCAAGACUGCCCCUGGUCAGUUUCUUCAUACUCUAACCUCUGACCUGGAGACAAAGAGUAGAUCAUUAAGACAAGUUACAUCCAAAAUAUUUCUCACAGACAUCAUUAUUACAUUACACAGUAUCAGACUCCAGCCAGUUUCUGUUUCUCAUCAAUGCAGCUUAGAGAAAAAAAAGGAGCUGGAGCUGGAUAUGAAGCAUGAAAUUAAUGAUUCCACCAAGUGAUCCGUGUGAACACAUAUUUCAUAACUUCCAGCUUAUAACAACAGAAUCUACUGUGGAGUGUUUACUAAAGGUACAUGUGGCAAGAAGAUAAAAUGUAUCUGGAACUUGUAUAACUGCAAUUGACAUGUUUAUUAGCAUACUAAAAUUGUAUAAUUUAACGUGUGUGUACGUAAAGCAGCUUUCCUGAGGAAAGCUAUUCUUUUUUUUUCUGUUUAUACUCUGCCAGAAGUACAAUGGUGUUUUGAAGUUGAGCAUAAAACAUAGGAGUUAAGAUAAUAACCCUGGAGAAAUGUGCCUUUGAUAACUCUGCUUUUACCUCAUUAAAUUCUAGAUUUGCAGAUUUAUUUAAACAUCUUUUGUAACAUGUGGUCAGUGUUGUGUUGCUAGAUUAAAUAAAGGAGCAUGUGAUGCACUAAUGUUUUCAA